UUAAUUAUAUCUUUACAUUACCUCCAGAACAAGCUGAACAAGUAAGAUAAGACUUAAUUAUAUCUUUACAUUACCUCCAGAACAAGUGGAACAAGUAAGAUAAGACUUAAUUAUAUCUUUACAUUACCUCCAUAACAAGCGGAACAAGUAAGAUAAGACUUCAUUAUAUCUUUAUAUUACCUCCAGAAAAAGCGGAACAAGUAAUAUAAGAGUUAAUUAUAUCUUUACAUUAACUCUAGAACAAGCGGAACAAGUUCGAUAAGACUUAAUUAUAUCUUUAAUAUUACAUCUGUAACAACUGACCAAGACAUCUGAUCCCACUCCCCACCAGCUGGUGAUCAGCUGACAGCGCUGCUCCUCUCUUCACUGAGUGUCCAAGACAUACAGAUCAGAUGAUGCGAUUACAAAGUCCAUCACUGAUAUCUGGCCUCAGGUGUUUUGGUACCAGGUCCACUUAUGAGCCCUCUGGUGGUGGAACACGGUGUUGGUUAUGGACAAGCCGUGGCUAGCAGAGAAGUCCAGUACCAGAACACCACUUGGUUCAGAUCAGAAGCUCCUCCAUCACCUCCAGGUUUCUCUGUCACUGCCCACGUGAGCGUUGAACUAUUGAGUCGGCAGGCGGCUCCAAGAAGUCCAGAUACUCCGAACUGCUGUUGGGUGCAAAAGCACAAACAACAGUUAGAAUACUGACAAGGACAAAAAGACGGUCUUACAUCACCCCCAUACUCAGGUCUCUUAUCGAUGGUCUUACACAGGGGUCCCCAAACUUUUUCCUGUGAGGGCCACAUAACUUUUUCCUUUUCUGAUCGGGGGCCGGGGUCAGUUUGUAAUAGAAAAAGUGUGACGAUCGCAGGGGUAAAAAAGGUGACAGUGGGGGGUGACUUUCUUUUUUUGUCACCACACCACAUCCACGUUGUUUGAUGAAGCCUCAAAGCUUUUAGAACCACAAUUACGGUCAUUUUAUUGUUCUGACCACAAAUCUAGAUAAUUAUAAUAAACAGUUUAAGAGCAAAAGGUCCUACGCUCCUAUAAUAAUAGUAAUAAUAAAUAUACAUUGUCAUUAUAUAUAAUAUGGUUAAAGUCAUUCAUGAACCAAAUUCCUUUUUCUGGGCCUGAACAGUCCUCAAGGACUUUUCCUUAAGUCUGUUCUGUCUCUCUGUUGUCACGAUACUAACAUUAUAACUUCUAUACGAUCAAUUGUAGAGUUACAUAACUUUACAGACUGCAUUGUAGAAAAAGGAAAAUAUUAAAAAAAGUAAACUCAAGUAUGUGUAAUUACUGACCCAUGACAUUAUGUAAAAUGAAACCAAACGUAUUGCUACUGUCAAACAGAGGGCCAGUAAUAACACAGCCAAUGUGAUACAUGACACUCUUAUCCAAAAAAGCUUAGUCUCGUUCAUUCGUUUUGGAUCCGAGUGAGCUAGAGAUAUCUAGCUGGACUCACUCACGUCUCCGUCCCGUUCCGUCUGAGACCGCUCUGUCGAUCUCGCGGAUGAAGACCUCCACAUCUGAUGGAGUAAGAAACAGAAACCAGUCUGGAGAGCACAGAGGAGACCAGUCAAACAUGGAUGCCAAGCAAGGAGCUCAGGGACUCUCUCGUGGACAUGUACAGAGAUAAUCCCAGAGUGAACGAGGAGCUGCGGCAGCGUCUGCCCUCACCUGCAACCCAGCAACACAGCAACUCAACACAGCAGCUCAGCAACUCAACCCAGCAACACAGCAACUCAACACAGCAACUCAGCAACUCAACACAGCAACCCAGCAACCCUGACAGAUCUGGGACCCACCUGAGCCUGGACCAGAUUGACCCUCCUCGGGGCCCUCAGCUCCCGUCUUCCUGCCCCCCCUCCCCUCCUGUCUCCCCCCUCUUGCACUGGAGGUCUGCCUCUCCUCUUUCUCCUUUGUCCUCCAGACCUCCAGGAGGUGCCGGGCCCAUGGAGCUGGACCCUUCUCCACGAGCAGAGAGCGGAGGAGGAGGAGCACCCAGAGCUCAUGGUAGUCCCGCCCCAAGAAGACAUGUGGUCAGCCCUGACAGCUCUCAUCGGGAGGUCAUGUUUGGUCCAAUCACAGCGUCCGAUCGCCUUCAACACAAAAACACAUCGUUUCUACUGAAAGAGCUCGAGAGACUGAGAGAGAUGAACCAAAAGCUGCAGGAGGAGCUGGUCCAGAAGGAGAAAGAGCUGCAGAGGAGGGAGGUAGAGGAGGAGCUGAGGGAGGAGCAGAGGGAGGCCCGAGGCUGGGAGAGACCUGUAGCCGUGUUGGAGGAGAUGUUGGCUGCUCAGAAGAACAGAGACCAGGCUGUGAUGUCACGCCUCCUGCUGGCCAAUGAGGAACGAGAUGAGGCUCUUCUUCGUGUUCGUCAAGUGCAGCAGGCCGCUGAGCUGGAGCUCCUCCCCCUGGAGGACCCUGACAUGGACGUGGACGAGCUCCUUCGCUGUGUGUGUGAUGCCGACUCCGCCCAGGAAGUGGAGCGCUGCGGUUCUUUUCUGGUUCAGCAUCUACGGUCGGCGAGGCAACGGAGAAAUGACAUCACCGCUCAGGAGAUGAAGGCCGUGAUGGAGGAGAGAGAUGGCUCUGUCGCCAAGUUUAAACGUUUGGAACAAGAAGUGAUGCAGGAGAGAGAGCGCUGUGCAGGCGAGACCGAGUUCCUGAGGCUUCAGAAAGAGAGGAGUGUUUUUUUGGAGGAUCAACGGCAGCUGCAGGCGGAGCAACAGGUGCUACGAGCCAAUCACAGUGAUGGCGUCUCUCCUCAGGCUCCGCCCUUUCCUGCCCCUCGUGCCUCGCCCCUGCUGGUCCAGGUGCAGCAGCUGUCGAAGGAGAAGCAGAACAUGGAGGCGGAGCUUCAACACUGUCAGGAGGCGGAGCGAGAGGCCAGCGAGAGAGUUCGCAAGUUGGAGCGUCUGGUUGAGGUCCUGAGGAAGAAGGUGGGGACCGGAAGCCUCCGAGUGGUUGUCUGAUCCCCUCUCUAAGACCACGUGAUCUCCUCUCAGAAGACACGUGAUCUCUUGGAUUACCAACAACUGAAUUGAGUUCAGUUUAGUUUCCUCAGAUCCGUCUUUAGUAAGAAGACGUGGGCGACGUCGUCGUUAUGGUUUCAUGUCCCUCAAUACGACGUCUUGUUUUAUUUUGUGUUUCUGAAAUGAUGAUUUAAUGUUUAGAUUUGUGAAUAAAAACUUUAUUUUAAUAGUG